CUCUCUCUAUUCGUUGAGAUCUGGGGUUUCCUUAUUGGCUUUGUUCGUUCAAGUCCAGGCUCAAAUCUCCCGCAAACAUACGGUUUCAGAGCAAUCUCCAGAAAUGUAUGAUAAUAUGGGAGCACAGUCUGGGGUGCCAAGGCCUCCCUACCCUCAAAGCAAUCCUCUAGGGAAUGCAUUCUAUGGAGCUGGUUCAGGACUCAUCCAAGGUGGACUGGGUGCAUAUGGAGAGAAAAUCCUGGGUUCAAGCUCUGAAAAUGUACAAAGCAUUAUAAGCAAGUAUUUCUCCGAUCCCCAGUACUAUUUCCAGGUGAAUGACCAGUAUGUGAGGAACAAAUUGAAGGUUAUUCUAUUUCCAUUCCUACACAGGGGGCAUUGGACGAGGAUAGCCGAACCAGUUGGGGGCAGGCUCUCCUAUAGACCUCCAAUCUAUGACAUAAAUGCUCCAGAUUUGUACAUUCCCUUAAUGGGAUUUGGUACCUAUGUGGUUCUUGCCGGUUUCUCGCUGGGACUUAUUGGGAAGUUUAGCCCAGAAGCUUUAACUUUGCAGUUCACCAGAGGACUACUAGGCUGGUUUUUACAAGUUCUGCUGCUUAAAUCAUCACUGUAUUCAUUGGGGAUUGGAGAGGCACCUCUGCUGGACAUUGUGGCAUAUGGUGGUUAUGCUUUUACUGGGAUGUGUGUGGCUGUUUUGGGUAGGUUCUUGUGGGGCUACACAUACUAUUUCCUGAUGCCAUGGAUGUGUUUGUGCAUGGGGAUCUUCUUGGUGAAGACGAUGAAGCAAGUACUGUUUGCAGAGGUGAGGAAUUAUGAUUCGAGCAAGCAUCACUAUCUCUUGCUUUUCAUGGCUUUGGUCCAGUUCCCUUUUUUCAUCUGGCUUGGCAACAUAGGGGCUUGAUUUUGAUUUUGCUGUUGUC